AUGGCGAGCAUGUUCACAAAGCGCCUGACGAAGGAACUUCGAGAUUUACAGGCAUCCCCGCCAGCGGGGAUAUUCGUGGAGCACGCCGGGGAUGACUUGAAAUGUUGGAGAAUCACCUUGAAAGGGGCAGAAGGGACACUCUAUGAAGGGGAGAUAUUCACAUUACAGUUCAAGUUCGGAAGCAAUUAUCCAUUAGAGUCUCCAGAGGUGAUAUUCGUGGGGUCCGUACCAAUACAUCCACAUAUAUACAGCAAUGGACACAUAUGUCUAUCGAUCUUGUAUGAUCAGUGGUCACCAGCGUUGACGAUCAGUUCAGUGUGUCUGUCAAUACAAAGCAUGCUGAGCUCUGCAAGUAAAAAGGAGCUACCACCAGAUAACAACAUGUAUGUGCUGUCAGCUAAGAAGAGCCCAAAAGCGACGACAUGGGCAUUCCAUGAUGACACUGUAUGA